AUGGCGGCGCCGCGCGGGCGCAGYGUCUCGGCCGCCUUCCAGGAGCACCUGCGGCUCCUGGGGCUGCACGAGUUCCCGUGCGCCGCACCGGGCGCCCGCGGGGAUCCCGGCCCCUCGGAGGAGAGCCGGGAGGAGCGGACGGAGCUGCUGCGCGCGCCGCGCUCGCCCUGGGCGCUGCCGCCGGGCUGCAGCGCCGAGGAGCAGCGCCUGCGGCUGCUGGCCGUGCGGGCGCCCCGGCUGGCGCGCGGCCGCUCCGUCUUCCUCUUCUUCCGCACCCUGCGCCUCGUGGACCAGGGGGUGGACGAGGUGGACGAGGGCCUGCUGCGCUUCGAGCACCUCGAGGAGCUGGUGCUGAGCGCCAACCGCAUCCGCGCCGUGGCCUCGGCCAACCUGCCCCGCACGCUGACGGUGCUGGAGCUGUGCGGCAACGGCGUGCGCGACCUGCGGGGCCUGUGCGCGCGGCCGCCCCCGCGCCUGCUGCACCUGGGGCUGGGCCACAACCGCCUGCGCGGAGCCUCGCACGGCGCCUUCCUCACCCCGCGCUUCUGGCCGCACCUGGUUUCCCUCGACCUGAGCUUCAACGGGCUCACGGAGCUGCCGGGGCUGCUGCGGCGGCUGGGCGGCCUGCGGGCGCUGCGCGUGCUGGUGCUGCAGGGCAACCCGCUGGCGCUGCCGCCCGCCUACCGCGCGCUCGUGGUGGACAGCCUGCCCGCGCUCGGCGCGCUGGACAACGUGCGCAUCGGGCCCGACGAGAAGCACCGCUGCCACGGGCUGGCCGCGCGGCCCGAGCUGCUGCCGUGGGCGGCGCGYGUGGCCGUGAGCGUCGGGGCGCUGCGCGGGCUGCCCGAGCCCCGCGUUCCCGGCGCCGACUUCCCCGUCGUCGCCUGCAGCUACUACGUGACCUACGAGUUUGCAGGCGGAGGGGCCGGCGAGGACGCGGGYGGCACCGAGGUUUGUGCUUGGCCCGGCGGCCGGGGCUGCGCACGAGGAGCCCUGGGCCCCUGCAAACCGGGGAUCCCUCCCUGCUCCAGGCGCCUGCAAGUCCUCAGCAUCCCACGGCAGCCACGUGCGAUCCCAACAGUAGGAAUGCUGAGGAAAACCAGGAGCCUGGCACUGCAGAGGAGCCUGAGCCACGCGCCAGUAAGGGGGAAUUGGGAACAAUCCCGCUAUUCCGGUGGCCUGGGUGGCUUUACGGCUCCAACAGGAUGCUGCGGCAUCCGCACAUGCCUCCGAGCAGCAGAGGUGUUCGCCACCCCCGGGAAGCCCUGGGCAGACCCCAUGGACUGUGGCUACGAGCGGGAGCACUCGACCAUGGACCUGGAGRGGCUGAAGGCCUUCCUGGAGGCCGGCACCGUCCUCUCCGUGGUGGAGGAGAAGGUGCUCUCCUGGCCUCUCGAUGCGGAUGAAGGCGCCGUUCCGAAGGGGAAGGCAGGUCGUGGGCUGCAGCCCGGCACCACAGAGAGAUCCGGGAGGAAGAAGAAGGAGAAGCCCUGCGAGCUCCGCAGCGACCCUCCCAUUCGGAGAACCCUGGGCACUGCAAGGGUGAACCUGGAGGCCCUGCUGACCACUGAGGGCCUGGUGGCAACUGUGUGUGACCUCGGGAUCCCGCCGGCCGAGGAGCCGCCGCAGCCACCGAGCCCGGAGGAGAAGGACAGGAAAAAAGGCAAGGACAGAAGCAAAAGGCUGAAAGAGGGGAGAGAAAGUGUGGCCAGCCUGAUCACCCUGUCUGCCAAAGGAAAAGGGAAACCCAAAGAGGCUCCAGAGCCRGAGGAGAGCCCGAGGGAGCCGACGGUGCCGCUGACCGUCCACUUCCAGAUGCAGCUGCUGCGCUGGCCCGCGGUGGCCGGAGCCCCGCAGCUGGCGAGUGCGGGGAAUGUUGCACAGUGCGGGUGA